GGCUGGACCUGGAGUCUGUACUGCUGGGGGAGGCGCAGGAGGACCUCCACUACUACCAGCCGCCCGCGGACGCCCACGCCCACCACGCCUCCACCUUGCCCGCCCACACGCCAGCCCACGCGCCCGCCCACACGCCCGCCCAUCUGGGCCCUGGCCAGCCCCCGCCCACACACCUGACUAGUUCCCACUCCCCACCCGCUCACCCGCCCGUGGGCGGCACCUACAGCUGCCACGCCCCUUCCACGCCUUCAGCAGGAGGGGAGGGUGGGGGUGGCCGCCCCCUUCCACCCAUGGGGGUGUUGGGGGAGCCUCCACCCCCCACCACUCCUCCGGGCCCCUCCCCUCCCUCCUCCCACCACACCCCCUACCAAGGGGCUCCUCGACACCCUCCAUGGGGGAGGGGGUGAUGGGGGCGUCGCCCCUGGCCGCCCACACUGCCGGCCUGCCCCCCACGCCCCCACACCACGACCCCCACUACGGACCCCCACACCCUGCCUACGACACUUCCUCCUGUAGGGUGAAGGCUGAGUAUGGAGACUUCAGCCAGGGCGGCCGGGCGGGUGUCAAGAGGACAUACCCAGACUGCGUAGCAUCACCGGCCAAAUACCCAUGUGUAGCCUCCUCUUCCUACCGCAGGGACGACCCUUAUGCCUCGUCAGGGCCUCUCCCGCCCCUACAGUACAUGGGCACAACCCCCACUAUCCCACAACAACAACAGCAGCAACAACAACAUCAGGGCCCAGCUGCCCAAUAUGUUCUACCCCCCACGCCCCCACAGUACCCCGUGGGCCCCCACCACCACACCAACCCACACCCUGACUAUGCCAUCCCUACCUCAACCCCCUGGACGCCCUCACCACACCCCACCUACACCACCUACACCCAGUACCUUGACUUCAACACCUGCGGGCCGUCAGCCUUGACUACGUCAGUGCCAGCACCCGAGGUGUCCGCGUCCCCCGCCAAGCCGCGACGUCGGAGGGCACGGAGGAAAGUCAUCAUCCACAAUUGUCCCUAUGAAGGCUGCAUCAAGACUUAUAUUAAGUCUUCCCACCUGAAGGCCCACCUGAGGACUCACACCGGGGAGAAGCCCUACACCUGUAAGUGGAAGGGUUGUGGCUGGAAGUUCGCCAGGUCCGACGAACUGACUCGACACUACCGUAAACACACUGGAGAUCGACCUUUCCAGUGUCGACUGUGUGAGCGAGCUUUCUCCAGGUCAGACCACCUCAGUCUUCACAUGAAGCGUCACAUAGCUCUCUGAACUGACUCUGGACGCCUCAGUCUUCACAUGUUGGGUCACACAGCUCUCUGAACUGACUCUGGAUGGCUUACAGCUCUCUGAACUGACUCUGGACGCCUCAGUCUUCACAUGUUGUGUCACAUAGCUCUCUGAACUGACUUUGGACGCCUCAGUCUUCACAUGUUGGGUCACACAGCUCUCUGAACUGACUCUGGACGCCUCAGUCUUCACAUGUUGUGUCACACAGUUCUCUGAACUGACUCUGGACGCCUCAGUCUUUACAUGAAGCGUCACACAGCUCUCUGAACUGACUCUGGACGGUUCAGUCUUCACAUGUUGGGUCACAUAGCUCUCUGAACUAACUAUGGACGCCUCAGUCUUCACAUGUUGGGUCACACAGCUCUCUGAACUGACUCUGGACGCCUCAGUCUUCACAUGUUGUGUCACACAGUUCUCUGAACUGACUCUGGACGCCUCAGUCUUCACAUGAAGCGUCACACAGCUCUCUGAACUGACUCUGGACGGCUCAGUCUUCACAUGUUGGGUCACACAGCUCUCUGAACUGACUCUGGACGGCUCAGUCUUCACAUGUUGGGUCACACAGCUCUCUGAACUGACUCUGGACGGCUCAGUCUUCACAUGUUGGGUCACAUAGCUCUCUGAACUGACUCUGGACGGCUCAGUCUUCACAUGUUGGGUCACACAGCUCUCUGAACUGACUCUGGACGGCUCAGUCUUCACAUGUUGGGUCACACAGCUCUCUGAACUGACUCUGGACGGCUCAGUCUUCACAUGUUGGGUCACACAGCUCUCUGAACUGACUCUGGACGCCUCAGUCUCCACAUGUUGGGUCACACAGCUCUCUGAACUGACUCUGGACGGUUCAGUCUUCACAUGUUGGGUCACACAGCUCUCUGAACUGACUCUGGACGGUUCAGUCUUCACAUGAAGCAUCACACAGCUCUCUGAACUGACUCUGGACGGCUCAGUCUUCACAUGUUGGGUCACACAGCUCUCUGAACUGACUCUGGACGGUUCAGUCUUCACAUGUUGGGUCACACAGCUCUCUGAACUGACUCUGGACGGUUCAGUCUUCACAUGAAGCAUCACACAGCUCUCUGAACUGACUCUGGACGGUUCAGUCUUCACAUGAAGCAUCACACAGCUCUCUGAACUGACUCUGGACGGCUCAGUCUUCACAUGUUGGGUCACACAGCUCUCUGAACUGACUCUGGACGGUUCAGUCUUCACAUGUUGGGUCACACAGCUCUCUGAACUGACUCUGGACGGUUCAGUCUUCACAUGAAGCAUCACACAGCUCUCUGAACUGACUCUGGACGGCUCAGUCUUCACAUGUUGGGUCACACAGCUCUCUGAACUGACUCUGGACGGUUCAGUCUUCACAUGAAGCAUCACACAGCUCUCUGAACUGACUAUGGACGCCUCAGUCUUCACAUGUUGGGUCACACAGCUCUCUGAACUGACUCUGGACGGUUCAGUCUUCACAUGAAGCGUCACACAGCUCUCUGAACUGACUCUGGACGGCUCAGUCUUCACAUGUUGGGUCACACAGCUCUCUGAACUGACUCUGGACGGCUCAGUCUUCACAUGUUGGGUCACACAGCUCUCUGAACUGACUCUGGACGCCUCAGUCUUCACAUGUUGGGUCACACAGCUUUCUGAACUGACUCUGGACGGUUCAGUCUUCACAUGAAGCAUCACACAGCUCUCUGAACUGACUCUGGACGCAAUGAGUCUAGUUUUCGCACUGAACUGACUUCUGGUAAGUCGUCGAGUUUGGUUCCCUUAUUUCACUUCAGUUUCCACAUGAAACCCAAGGAACUGGGCGGUCAAAGUCUUUCACAAAUAUUAAUAUGUUUAUAUCUGGAAAGAAACUAAAGUAGUCUGAUGUUGUUUUUAAAGAUUCAUCAACUCAACAAAAGUUCCAAGUAGCACGGGCUAUGGCGAGCCCGUAGUGGUAAAUAAAUAGUAACCCGCGCUUCCAUCUUUGGAUGUCUCAUGUUACUGCUGCAGUGACGUUAACUUGUGUCUCGGGAAGAUGGGAUCGUCAGAGAAAGUUAGGAUCAACCAAUAGCUUUCCACAAAAGGCAAGCAUUCUUUGUAGAGAGUGUCUUUGUUCUGACAGCUGCUAUUUGUCAAGCUGCGAAGGAGUUACAUAUAUAUUUUUAGAAUACCAGCAAGCUAGAGGUAAAUAACGAGUUAGCCAUCUUAAUAUAUACCGUAGCAGCAUUCACGAACAGACAGAAAAAAUAGAAACAGAAAAUACAGACGAUAGCUUUCACGAACGUCAAUAAGAGGAGACAACCAUCUUGGUAUCCGCAAUGCAGACGGCAGCUUUCACGAACGUCAACAAGAGGAGACAACCAUCUUGGUAUCCGCAAUGCAGACGGCAACUCUCACGAACGUCAAUAAUCUUGGCAUCGAGAAUACAGACAACAGCUUUUAAAGACGUCUACAAAUCUUGACUAAUGAAAGCGCCUCGCUAUGAAAUUGUCGAAUAUUGGGGCACAUCCGACCAGCAGGUCGUCGUCGCUUAUAAAUCAACUACAAGUUGUGGAGUCUCUUAGUUACGUCACUACUUCACAGUUCAAACGUUUUGAAGCUGUUCUACCACGAAGCUCAGUGACGGAAUCUCCAUUUUCUUCGUGGAAAAGAAGAUAGUCGGUAUGUAUAGCUUUAAUUAAAAUACAUAUAACGUGAGACGUUAUAAACACUUAAGUGAGUUGAGGCUAUAAAUUAUUGAGUCAAUUAGUGAGGUGCAGAAGUAACAUCAAGGAUGGACGACCAAGCAAUGAAGACAAAUAAUUCAAUCCCAUAUUUUUUUUAAAUAUAUUCCGAAAAAAAUAAUGAUGUGGAUUUGGUUAAUACCACAGUUUUCAAUAAUUUAUUUAGUAAUUAAACAAUAAUUUCUAAAUACAAUUUUUUGUUAAAUAUGUAAUACAUAUUUUUUAAGUAUUAAAAUAUGUUUAUAUAAAUCUAUAAAGAAAUGAGAUCAAAUUUUUUAUAUACAUAGUUUUUUCAAGUUUGUAUUUAUUUGUACUGAAAAUACUUAAGUGAGCCCCUCUUAGUGAAAGUGGUAAUGUAUAUAUAUAUAUAAAUUAGCCAGUUGUACAGUAGUAGGUAUGAACAAUUUUUAAUUUAACAAUGACAGGUGAUCUGAGAUUUAGAUUAGCAUAGAAUUAGUUUUUUUUAUAAGUUUAGCUUGUUUUGACUUUUUGUAUGGAGGACUUUUGUAAAUUUAUUGACCUUUUUCAUAUGAUGUAACAGGUGUACACACACACAUGAGCAGAGGCUAAAGUCAGGUGUAGGUAUGUUCUUUGUGGGGUGCAGGCAAUACCUUUGCGAGUCUUGUUAUAUGGUUGUAAAUUAAGGAGAACUUUAAAUAUGUAAAAGUUAGUUUGAACGAAGUCAAUAAAUAAAUCGCAAAAGAUCGGUAGAACAUUUACAUGUGUAAAUAUGUUGUUGAAAAUCGGUGAGGCACUGUGAUUUGUAGUGUAAACUGGCUUGUAAAACAUCUGUAAAAUACCUGAUAUAGAUAUAAUCUCAUUUAUGAGUAGCAGUCUAUGAGUUACUCAUAAUAUGGAGAUCGUGUGAUGGUGGUGGGUGAGGUAUAGUGGUAGUUACGAUUGUGGUGGUGGUGGUAUGAUUGACAGUUAUGGUGAGGCUGCCUGGAGUUGAUGGUGUGGUGGCAGGGGCGAAUAUUCUUCCUGGGAUGUGGCUUACCACUUUUUUCACACCUAUUUUAAAUAAAUGAUUUAUGAUCUGUUCUUCUCCUGUUUCUCUGACAC